CAGAACAGAAUAAAGGAAGUAUCAAGUUAAAAGUAAUAAAAUUAAAGUAAAAAGUGAAUGCAAUGAAAAAGGAAAGGAACUUUGACAUUUCCGUUAAAUAACAAAUAAAGCGUUCGUCAAGGUGAUAGAACGUGAGAAUCGAAUGUAGUAGAAUAUCCCACAAUACGUGCACAGACAACUUUUAUAUAUUGAAGUGAAAAGAUGGAACAUUAAAAUUUUGUAAAAUCAUAAUAAGUGGAAUCCUCAUGCAGUAAAGAUGGAAAAGUAUCAAAAUAAUGAAGUGAAUUUAACAAGGAUAACAAAUAAGUCAAGUGAAAUUGAGAAGAGAAAAGUUACAAAGAAUAAAAUAAAUAAAAGAAUUGUUACAAGCGUAUUUCAUCAGCCAUUUUCAGUUCAUACAAAGAAAAUUUGUAAAGUUCAAGGAACAAUUCAUAAAACGAGAAAUUCGUAUCAUUUAAAAGAGUCAAAUUUGAGUGUUUUAAACUUUCUAUUGCAUUACAAUCCAAAUUUUUGGAAGGGACCAUGCAUUAGUUAAUUUUAUUGUGCAUACCAUUUUGUUGUUGAAUUAGAAAAAAGAGUGUUUAAAGAAAAUAAAAAAAAACUAGUAAAAAAAUUAAAGAUAGUGACUUUUUAAAAAACUAUAAAUACAAUUUGUGAUUGAGAUCGAUAAUGAAUAUUGCUUCAAUGUUUACAUCAAAGAUUUCAUCAAUUCCGGAUUAUCAACAACAAAGUGGUCAUAAGAAUUUCGAUAUACAUUAUAAAACAUUUUUGCAUCCUAUAAGCGUGCAGCAUACACAAUCUAGUAUGUUUUCAACUAAUCCAUUUCAAAGGACUUUUGCAUCGGUCGUUAGCUGCAAAACUCCAAUUCUUCAAAAACCAAACGACAAUGCAAGCAAAAGAGGAUUCUUAAAUCCUAACAACGAUGGAAUUCUCAGCUGUAUUCUCAAGAAAUUUACUACACAAAAGAGAACAACAAUGUUACCGCCAAAAGUACCAUACUUUGAGCCAUCACAUGUUCAAAAGGAAUUUGAAGAUUUUACAACAUUACCAACAUAUUUACAACAUAAUAAUCAAAGAACUGCAUCAGCCAAAUCAAACUCACAAAGCAUGCAUAACGUUAGUAACAAAAACAGACACGAAAGGCAUCGUCAUAGUAUUGAGCAUGAUAUUCGAGUUGACUGUGAUAUUUUCAACAUAAAGAAAGUGAAUAAUAACAACAAAACAACACUUAGAAAUACAAAACAAAUAAAUGCAAUGAAAUUAGAAACUGAAAACCUGCCUAAUUCGGGAAAUUCCUUAAAUCCACCAUUCGAAAUUCAAUCAUUAAAGGAGUUUCCUGCUAUUUCACCAUCAUCAACUACAACAACCUCAUCACAUGAUCAAACAGUCAAUGCCAGCAUAAUAGCUACAACAAAAACCUCAACUUACGAAAGUGAUGAAAGCGAUUAUGUCAAAUUUCAUGACGACAUUGCCAAAACUACGCCUACAUUCAUUCCUCGAAGAUAUAAUUUGUGUGAAAAGGUCACAAGUAUCGUCAAAUCUCCGAAAAAACUUCUAAGUAUUCCUAUGAUGUCGCCCAAAAGGUCCUGCCUCAAACCAACGAUGCGACGCACAAGAACUGUCUCGGAGUGCAGUGACGAUUUUAUUGUCUUUGAUCGCAGUUGUUGCGGUGAAAGUAAUACAAAUAUUGAUAAUAUUGACAGUGAUAACGAGAUGGAGGAUGAAGAUGAGGACGAAUCUGAUAUUUCAGAGGAUGAAGAGGAUGAUGGUGUUGUUGACGAUAAUAUUGAAAGUGACGAGAGCGAUGAAGACUUGGACGAAGAUUGUUUAGAUGGAAAUAAUAAUCAGCAUUUGUCAGAUAUUAUGAAUUACGAUUCACAUCAGCCUGAUUCUGGAGUCGAGGAAAGAAAGGUUCAUUUUAAUCUGGUUCCAAAAGUACAUAAAAUAGUAGCUUGGAAUUACGCAUAUCGACAAGCAAGACGAGGCGAUAUUUGGCGACAAGGUGCUGUGGACCGAGAACGAUUUGCAAAGAGAAUUUCUGAAUGUAGUAAAUCAAUCAAUCCAAUUUUGGACAGAGAUCAUCGACAUAGAAUUUUUGAGGAUAGAUUUCGAGAGUUAGAAGCUCAAUGAAAUGGGUUAUUGUAAAUAAAACUUAGGUAAUUUCACAAUAUAUGGUUGAUAAGAUUGAGGAUAAAAGAAUUUGUAUAUAUAAUUAAUGUAAAGUAUAUAUAUCAAUGGGGUUCGUUCACAAAUGAUGGACAUCAUUUAAAUCAAGGGGUGUGAGAUACUCCUUAAUCUGUUUCGACCUUGAUGAAACCAAGAUCAUAACAUUUGGAAUUCCUCCCAGGAAGCUAGAUGCGUCAAAAUGCCAUUGCAUGAUUUACGUCAUUUGUGAACGACUCCUAUAAAGUGCAGAGAAAAUGUUCAUUGUUUAUCCUUUGUCAUAAUGAAACCAAAGUUUUCUAUUGAGAAAAUCUUUCUUAAAGUGAGAUAUAAAUGAAUUAUACCAGGGAGCGUUCAAAAUUAUAUUUUUUGAAUUUUAAGCGCACUUUAAUUAAAAUUGGUUGAUUUGAUUUGAAUUUCAAGUCAACUUUAACAUUUAAUUUAGCAUAAUUUGGAAGUGCCAGCAAAUCGGAUUAAAGUAGACUUUAAAUUCAGGAAAAUAAAAGUUGAACGACCCUUUAAAUUAUAUAUAAUUUUCCAAGCGUAAUAAUGAUGAGAGAAAAAAGGUUUUGCUUAAUACAUUUUAUUUAUAAAUUGCAUGUUAAUUUGAUUAUAAUAAAAAAUUUGUUCAAUAAAUAUUAA